UUGCCAACAUGGGAUACGUCAUCAUGUACAGUAUCUGUUCUGUUGAUUGGUCUGGGCCUCGGAUCAUUGGAGCUACUCAGACAACGCAUCACCACAAAGAUGUAGAAUACCCGCCGUGCUUCUUCAACCCGCUAUGCACGUGCUCCAAGGCGGUUCCGGACCUCGGUAUUGUAACGUGCAGGGACGUGCCACUGCCUCGCAUCCCCCCACCCAUCAACAGCAGCAAGGUCUUCAUGCUCAACCUAGAGAACAACGGCAUGGGAUACCUAGAACCGCACUUUCUGGAGGGAACUGGAUUGUACCGCUUGGAGGUGAGUCGAAAUCCACUACAUUCGGUUGUUCCGGACGAGGCGUUCAUUGGCCUGGAGCGGUAUACGCUCUGGGAGCUGGAACUGACGAUGGGUUACCUCACCUCUGUGCCUAGUCGAGGCGUCCGUCAUCUCCAGAAGCUCAGAGUCCUCAACCUCAGAGGCAAUGAGAUCUCUGAGAUAAACCCCGAGAGUUGGCGAGGCUUGAAGAGUACUCUGCAGACUCUCAAUCUUGCAGAGAAUGCUAUUUCUCACCUUCCUGGUUCAGUGUUCUCCACACUUCAAAACCUCGACUAUCUCGAUCUCUCCGGCAACGCCAUUAUGGACUUUGAUCCAUCUGUGUUUGCUGGUGGCCCCCCACGCCUAGUGAGACUCAACCUGGCCGAUAAUCAACUCAAGCACAUUCCCUACAGACAAGUCUCUCCUCUCAAAUUGCUGCGACACCUGGACCUCAGUUAUAACAUGAUCACCCAGCUCCACUCUGCCGGUAGCUCAGAGCCCGAGCACUCCAGCAGUCAGUUGUCACUGGACACACUCCACCUGGACUACAACAACAUUCAGUACCUGCCCCCUGGAGCCUUCCAGCACUUCAACAUACUGAACCACACCUUCCUCAAUGGCAACCCCCUUGCACUGGUGCAGACUGACGCUUUUCGUGAUGCCCGAAUUCGAGAGCUGUCAAUGGUCGACUGUGGUCUCCAAGAGAUCUCCCCGUCGGCUUUCUCUGGCUUGGAGGCGACCCUGCAGCUGUUGGACCUCUCUGGCAACAACCUGACCACUCUGCCUCCUCACCUACUUCAGGAGUUUGACUUCCUGCGCACUCUGUACAUCAAGGACAACGCCCUGUUUGGUCUCAGCUCUCAAGAGCAACACGAUACUGGCUUCCAGUACUCGCUCUACCGGCUGGACGUCAGUGGCAGGACCAAUGCGCCCAUGGCCAUCCAACAGAUGAGGAGGAUGAGGAAUCUACGCUGGCUGAAGAUGUCCCGUCUCGCAAAAGCGUCUUUGACUUCAGAUGACUUCAACGAGUUUGGAGUUGAUUUGGAGGAGCUUCACAUUAAUGAUGGAGGUUUGCAGAAGAUUAGUGCACAUGCUUUUAAACACAUCCGAGGUCUGAAACGGCUGGAUCUGUCUGACAACAGCAUUACGAACAUUGACUACGAUGCCUUUGAUGAGAUUGGCCACUCACUGAUACAGCUGCGGCUCUCUCACGCUCUGUCAUCAUCAAUCAAGCAAGUACCAGGAGAUGCCCUGAGGCCUCUGGGGAGUCUCCAGCAUCUCGACCUCAGCCAUAACAAACUCCAGACCAUGCCUGAAACUGCCUUCCACUUCCUCAGGCGUAUCCGCACCAUACAGCUAGAGGAUAACUCCAUAGAAAAUGUUCACAAGGGCACUUUUCAGGGAGACAUUCACUCUUCUCUGGAGGAGCUGUAUCUCUCUUUCAACAAACUGGGAGCCGUCAACACCCAUACCUUUGUGGACUUGUCCCAGCUGACCAGACUGCACCUUGAUGACAACGUUAUCUCAAGAGUCGACCGUCGCGCCUUCGUCAAUUUGGAGCACCUGCGGGUUUUGGACCUGCGAGGCAACAAGCUUUCCUUCAUCAGCGAUGAAGCCUUCCAAAACCUCCCAGAACUGGAGGACAUGGACAUGGCAUACAAUCAGCUCAAGACUUUCAACUUUGCCAGCUUAGACCAAGUAGGGACUUUGGCUUCCUUCCGACUGAACAUGAGCUACAACUCUCUCCGGCAGCUGGAACUGAACACCACCUUCACGGGACGAGAGACCAUCACCCACGCCAACAUCAAGGUCCUGGACAUGUCCCACAACAACAUCACCCACAUCGGACGCGGGUUCCUGAGGCCGGUGGAGCGCAGUCUGACUCACCUCUACCUCGCGCACAACUGGCUCAGCAACGCCACCCGCGACGUCUUCGGAAACAUGCAGCAUCUGCAAUGGCUUGACUUCAACCACAACAACUUGUACGAAGUCGACUUUGACACCUUUCGCAACACCAAGAAACUUCAGGUCUUGUACAUGUCCUGGAACCACCUCCAUGAUAUUCCUGCCGAGCUGUUCCGCGGGUUGGUAAACCUGCGUGUGGUGGACGUGUCCGGGAACAGGUUGCGUUCUCUGCCUGACUCCCUGUUCAGCGAAGAUGGUCUGGAACGUGUGUCCGCCGCCUGGAACCAGCUGUCCCGUAUGCCAGUUACUACCUUCAGUCCUGCUGCUGCAGCCACCCUCUGUGAGUUGGACUUGAGCCACAACGCUAUUGCCACACUGCAUGCUCCAGAAACCUUCUCUCGCUUCAGGUCGCUCAUGUCUCUGGACCUAUCCUUCAAUCGGCUGUUGCGUUUGGAAGAUUCCACUUUCGCUUCCAUGCCAAGACUCGCUUCCCUGGAGUUGAGCCAUAACACAGAGCUGAGUCUGGAGCCUCGAGGCCGUUCCUUCAUUGGCCUUGAUGACACUCUAAACUACCUGGGCCUCAGGAAUGUCUCUCUGUCAUCGAUACCGGAGCUGCCUCUGCCUAACCUGCACACUCUCCAACUGUCAUGGAACACUAUCAGUGUGCUUCCGCCCGAAAUGGCAUCCAACCUGACACUGCUGAGGCAUUUGGAUCUGAGCCACAACCUGCUGAGUCAGGUCCCUCUGGUGACUCAUUCACUGCCCCAGCUUCGUGCCCUGUUCCUCAGCCACAACAUGAUUUCCUCUUUGACCAACACCAGUCUGCUGGGUGGGGCCGAGAGGAUCAGAGAGCUUGACAUCAGACACCUGCCUCUCAACUACUUUGAGAUGGGAGCCCUGGGCAAAAUGCGUAUCCUGGAGACCUUACAUAUCAGCCCUACCAAGAAUGUGAGAGACUUCAACUUGCCCGAGCUGCUCCAAUACAACUAUGGACUUCACAACCUCCAUAUUGAGAUGGAAGAUAAGAACUCACUCAAUGAAGAGAUGCAUGGAGAGUUUCCGUUCAAAGUGCGCAACAUCACAAUAAGUGGGAAACAGUUGAGGACAUUGGGAAACAACAUUUUGCAGGGCAUCCGCUACCCAUCGUUGAACUUCACUCUACGUAACACCAGUGUGGAGAGUCUACCACGCACGCUGUGGAACAACCUGCCAUAUGUGCGCAACAUCUCACUGGAUCUGCGCAACAACUCGCUCAAGAGCGUGGGCAACCCCAGCACCGGUAACUGGCCCGGCGUGCCUCAGAAGACAUUCCUGCAGCGACUCUGGAUGGGCGGCAACAACUGGGCGUGUGACUGCGAUUUGGGAUGGGUGGAGGUGUGGCAGCGGAAGAAGCGCCAGUUCCUGUGCCGUGCUCCCACCGCCACGGCACCCACCACCCACAUGUGGCCGGCUUGGGAGUGCCGUGGGGCGGAGGAUGACCUGCGCGAGACUCACUGCGCUAACCGUCAACACCAGCCACUUCUCGAGGUGUUGAAGACGGACCUGGAGUGUGGCUGGGGAGCGGCAGGAAGGGUGACCGACACCAUAGUGGUCCUUGUGGCCUCCGUGCUGCUCUCUAUCUUCCUUGCCUUCUAGACCGACACAUAACCUCGUGUUGUGCCCGUAUUCUCCUUCACUACCUAUGUACAAAUAAUGUAAUAUGAACAGUUAUUUUGUCCGCCACCAAAAACUGUUUACAGAGUCAUGGAGGAUUUGACAUUUCAGCAAUCCGGUUUUGGUGUCACUACUUCCUAACAUAAGAGAAGUUUUUGGCCAAUUGGAAUUUACUGAGGAGGUGUCUGAAAUAUUGGUUGAAAUCCAUCCUUAAAACAAAUUUUAAAUCGUUCUAUAGAAUACGAUGUAGCUGAAGAAAUUAAAAAAUGAAAUCCCAAACAUGUUCUGUGAAUUCAUAAUUACUACACACAUAUUAAACUGUUUCAUAUUUUAACUCUAAUCACUUUAAUAAAAAAAAAACAUUUCAUUAAUAACAACCAUAAUUAAAAUUAGUAAGUGUUGCCAAUGGAAUUUGGAACAUAUUAGGUCUAAUGUAAUUGAAGUAUUAAUAAAAGUAAAUCAAUUUUAAGUAGUAAAAAUUAAUUUUUAAAAACACUACAAACUUAUAAUACAGACUAAUUAGAAAAGAGUAAUUUGGAUUUGUUUUAUGCAACUGAACACUAUUUUUCAUUAGGUUGCAGAAAUGAUAAAUGACGCCAUCGGGAACUUGUCGAUUAAAGUUAUAAAUGUUGUGUAUUUAUUUGUGUAUCUUACUUUUAGGCUGUGUUUAUUGAUACGUUUCAAAGCCAUAUUAAUUUAUUAUAUUAUUUUGAGUGUAGUUUUUUUUACUUAUAUGUGUAAUUUUUAGUCAUUUUACCUAUCCAGUUUUGAUUAGGUGUUUUAGCCAGUCUCCCAACUAACUGUCAAAUUUGUAAUAGUUUAAAAGUUACAGUAGAGUCCCAUGUGCUAUAGCAGCGUAAGUUGCACGUUUCAUCUUAGUGAGCUUAUACAACAUUGUACAAUACAAACAAUUAAAUGUUAAAAUAAAGCAAGUGUUACUCAACAAGAAAAUGUAUAAUCAAAAUGUUGUAGUAAGAUAUUAUUUAACAGAUAAAAAACUACUGUAAACAAUGUUGGAAUGUUCAUAACUUUUCUCAACUUACUUCACAGGUUAUCUAGUCAUGAUAAUGUUAUACUUGUAUGCAGUGUAACAUUUUGUCAAUUUUGGUUAUAAUUGGAAGCUUUAUCAUGAUGUUAUUACAAGUGUACUGAUCUUAAAACAAGAAAUGUUAUUUGUGAUAAAAUAUUCAGUAUAAAAAUG